AUAAGGUUUUCCGCUCUUUCCCCAGCUUGCAGGCAGUAGGUAACUAUAGUGCUAGAAAUGAGGGACAGAAAUUCAGAAUAAACUUUGGCUCCGUGACAAAGAUUGUGACUGAACUGAGGAGGUUUAUUAGUAGAAGUAUGAAGACAGUCUCCUGGUGACCUUGUAGAAGUCACAUGGAAAAUGCAGAUGCAUCAACAUGAUACAGACCCGUGAUACAGAAGGAACUUAUGGCUACAGCUAAUAAUGGUUGUUUACACCUAAAAGGAGAAGCAAUGCAACAAGGGGGGAGGGAGUAGGUAGAUAUCCCAUCUGUUGUGUCUGAUCAAGCUAUGUGGGAUGGAAAUGAGAACACACCAAGGUUAUGUAAUUGGCAAGGAUACCAGUGCAGGUAUGGUACGUGUAAUUUGUCUGCGAGCCGCAGUAAGGUAAAAAAUAGAGCCAGAAGUCACAGCCCUUUAAAGAACAGUGUCAGUCACCCUGCUGGUGCUGCUCUGCUGGAAGGCAAUUCAUGUCAAUACACCAUACUCAGCUUUCAAGAACAGAACGUGUGUUUAAAGCAGAAAUGUGAUGAACUGAGGAGACAACACAAGAAGGAAAGGAAAGUGUGGAUGAAGGAGAAGGAAGGACUCUUGAAGGAAACUACAGAGUUAAAAGCAGGUGAAAACAGAGGGAUUUUGCUAGAGCUGAAGGCAGUUUUGGAAGUGAUUCAGAGAGAACAGAGAAGAGAAGAAAAAAAAUGGACUGACUUUCUGCUGCAGUUCCUAAGCGAUCGAUGUGGGUGGGGGACUGACCGGAUUGAACUACAGCAACACAUCCCCAAGCCAGAAGCUAAUUCAGCCAAGACAUGUGCUAAUAAAAGUAUUCCAGACAUCCCGAAAGACACAAGGAAGGAAAAGAUAGAACAGAGGCGCCUGCUUGAAGACACUCACACUGCGGCCAUGGAACUCAAGACACAGUUAGAGAAUAAUGAACGCAAUUGGAAAGUGGAAAAGAUAGAAUUAUUGGAAAGAUUUGACAGUGAAAGAAAAGAGUGGGAAUGCCAAUGGAAAACCAUGCAGAAAAAGAUAGAAGAGCUGUAUCAGGAAGUGAAACUGAGAAGGGAGAAAACCCUGAAUGGAGAUGAUGAUCGCACCCAGGAAAAAAUGCUGCAAUUUGCGUUGCCUUUUUCACAGCCUGAAGCUAUGGAAACGCCAAAUAUAGAAAGACAAAGUCACCAAAAUCAUAUGGUCAACACCAAGAUGGAGAAAAGUAAUAGAAUAUUGCUGAAUGAUUGUCUUCAUAUAAAUAAGGAGAGAACAGCUGAGCUGAAAUUGUCCCAUCAAAAGCAUGAUGUUCGCAGUAUUGAAUCAGAAAAGGGGAUUAGCCAAAGAAUGUCCAAAACUGAAAAUGAUACCUUGAAUGAUGCAUUAAAAGAGAUUGCCAGAGUCAGUGAGGAACUAUGUAAAUACCAGGAAGAAAUCCGAACAAGAACCAGCUCCAAAAAAAUUGUGUCCAGUAAAGGUUCCACCAGUGAAUACAAGAAACAUUUUUAUCUAAAAACUGAGAGGAAUCGUACAUCUUGUUCUAAAAUGUCUACAACCAAACAGAAGGACAGUGUGAGUAGCAGUAAAACUAUACAAGCUGCCUUGUUCUCUACUGCAAAAUCUCUGCAUUCUGAAAAAGAUGCCCUAUCUUCACAAGCUCAGGAUCCCACAUUUCCUUCUUUCAGUUUCUCAUGGCAUUUACCAAACUCUAGUUUUCCAGACAUGAAUACAACUUCAGCUAUGAAAGACAACCAAGUUUCUAGCAAUGGAGAGGCUGCUGACUUUGGACUGAAUGAUAAUAGUGAUGGGCUUUGUACCAUGCAAUGGUUAUGUGACAUUGGAGGACUUGAAGACAUAAACAUCACAGAGUCUUUAUUCAACAGCUUUACGGAUGUGAAGUGCCUAACUCCUGAGAAGAACAAGCAAAAUAUGUCACUAUCACAACAUGGGUGUUUACACUCUAACAGCCUAUACCCUGACGUGAUAAUGUUAGAAGAUCCCACUACAGACCCUGGGUAUAAAGACAGUAAUAAUAAAGAGAAUGGUAAAUUGUCAGCAAAGAUUGAUGAGUUUAAUAGAAUUGUAUUUAAGACUGGAAAAGGAAAUGCAGUUAUUCACGAGGCGUCAAUGGACGUGGUACUGGAUGUAAUAGAUGAAGAUGAAAAACCUUCAAGUCUCUCCUUGUGUGAGCGUCCAGUUACUGGGAAUACUACUAAAAAACCACUAAGUGUAAAUGAGAUCAUCGAGCCAACUUGUGCAAAUGGCAGUUUUCAUAAUUCCAAGAGUGUGAAAGCUACAUCUCAACAACAUCACACAACUGCACCUCAAACUGCAAAAAGUUACAAGAACCGACUACAAGAACAUAACUGGAAACAAAUCAACCUGUCAGGACGGCCACGGUCAGCAGACUCUAGGUCCAACUAUGGGGUUGUUGAAAAGCUUUUGAAAAGCUAUGAGACCAAAGCUGCUGCUCCUUUUUGUAAUUCUAAGCAGUCACUAAGCAAAUGGACACAGUCAGACUUCCUGCUGACUGAUAAUAGUUCUGAAUCUUUGACUCAGUGUUUAGAAAUGCUUCAUCUCGAACAAGCAACAAACGUUUUACAGAGUGACAUUCAUUGGCAAUCAAAGCAGGAAGCAAUGAGCCUCAAGCUGCCUGAGAUAUCAUUGACAACAUCAUCAAAUGGAAAAGGAUUUUCGCGUCCUGCACGACCUGCUAAUAGACGCCCGCCUUCUAGAUGGGCAUCAGCAAGAUCUCCUUCGAUGUCUGCAGCUGUUAGGAGAGCAACACACUAAGCUCUGCUGUAAUAUGUUUUUCAAGCCUGGAUGACUGUCCACAUUUAUAAUUAUGUUGUGAUUUCCAAAGUGUUACAGCGGACUGGUAUAUUAAAUAUAGGAGAGAUAAGUGACUUAAGUCAGUAUUUGACCUAAAAUAACCAGUACAACAUGUCUCUUCAUGAUAGAUAUUAUGCAAUCAGCGGACUAGACAGAUAUGAGUGUUGUACAGCAUCUUAUAGGCAGCUAAUUGUACCAUAGAAAAAUACUUUUUCCCAGGUAAAAUGCUGUAUAGUACAGUAUACCACAUUUUAAAUAUUUAAUUCCCUGCACCUUUGUUAAAGGAACAGUAACAUAAACCAUCUGAAAACGAAAUAUUAUUUUCUACCUAGAAAACAAAGAAUCAGUACCAACAGGAAAGUCAUAUAAACAUUUAUGUACUAAUUUCUAUACUUUCCGUCUGAUUUAAUGCAGAGGUUUUCCGUACAAUCCCAAUUUCUCAUUUAUCAGGCUGUUUAAAAUAAUAUUUAAGGUUUACUUAUUUCAUCUAUAAUAAAUGACGGUAUAUGAUAUGAAUGCGUUUAAUGCAGUGUGUGUUCCUUUAACACUUGUGCUCAUGAAAAUCAUGAUAAUCCAUACAAAUCGUCAUAAGACCACGUUGAUAACAUUAUUAAACUAGACUUCAGUGUUUUGUGACUGGCAGAAACAUAUUUCUGUACUUUUUAUAUUAUAUAGUUUGUAUGCAUUUUUAUGGUUAUCGUUCAUUUAAUAAUAUUUGGUAGACAUAUGUACAGUUCCAUUUUGUUAUGUAUUUCCAGCAUUAAAGCAGGUGUAAAUGUCAUAUGCAUGUAACAUGAUCAUAAUGCAUGUAUGUAAGUAUGCAGUGUCCUGUGUUUAGACAUUGCUGGAGCAAUGCUUACAUAUAAACUACAGGACGUACACAUAUUAUUUAAUCUCUGCAGUCUUUAUCUGCAGAAAAUAUUCAAUACGUCGUAUAUACUUCUAAUUUUAUCUAUUAGCCUGCAAAUAUGAUUUUUAUUGUAUAACUUAUGUAAUUGUUUCAUAAACAUAUAUGUUAGUUCUGGUUAGCAAAAGCCAUGUAUCUCAGCUGACAUACAUGUACUUGCUAUAUGGGCUUUUCUCCCUUUCCUGGAAGUUAAUUCACUUCCAUUUUGGAUAUAAGGGAGUUUCUCAUUAGGCCCUAAAAACAUUUAAAUUUUCAGCAGAUAAUAUUGUAUUAUCAGCCUGGAUCCUUUAUGAAAUAAGGGGAAGGGUCGUUAGUAGACUGGUAUUUAUAUAGCAGGCUGGUGAAUAUACAAAGGAUUUAGUGUCAAAUAUAAAUCAUUGUUCCUUACCAGCCCAGCUAUUUCUGAUAAUUUACUCGUUAGUAAUAUGGCUUUUUAUGUACAGAGCCAUUCCAAAAGUAUAUUUAUCUCAUUUCAUAGGACCAUUACAUGUCAUUUGCCAAACUGUAGUGUCUAAGUAGUUCUAUUUCUAUUAUGUGGAUCCAUAGUUCUAGUAAAAUUGAAAAUCUGAGGAUGUCAUGAAUGCAGAAUGUGUGGUGUCAAUAUUCCCUGGCAGUGUUUGUAAAUGUACAUGAUAGAUGGAGGGAAGCACUAGCACUUAUGGCCAUCAAUACUCUGUUAGCAUGUUUCUCGGCAUCUUUCAGCCAACAGGUAAACCGUUGACUGAUAUUUUAGGACAAGUAUAAACUUAGCUUAUAUUUUGGCAUCAGCUCACAUACACAGAUAUUGCAUCAGUAGCUUCAAGGAAUAUGAUAGCUCUGGUGCCAGAUAUCCUACAAAUAUGUUUUUAUCAUGUCCAGUUACUAGUCAUAAAUAGUAUUUCUGCUUUUAAUAAAGCGGUAUCUUACUGGUACUCUAUUGGAGUAAUAGAUGUCUUCUUGGAUAGAUGCAGCAUUAAUUUGUCUGGCACCAGGAAUUUCGGAAAACUAUGUCUUAUUUACUUUUUAUUAAAGCUUUUUUAAACCAUUUCAUUUUUAUUGAAGUCAUUGUUGAAAAGAAACUCCUGACAAAAGCCAUUAUAAAAUGAGAUUAUAUGAAGAAAACAAUUAUGUAUUGGCAAAUUCAAGUUACAUUCAUAAUUUUUAUUCAAACGUCAUGUCUUGGUGUCAUACUCUCAUACCCAUGUGAUGCUGUAUGCGCUGCUGAUUUAGUAGAGGUGCUGAAUAGGCACAGAGGCCUGAGUGGCAUUUCAUGUGCGUGGAAGAAUUUCAUAGUUUGUAAGUGUGAAUCAGAAAGCGUGGCACAUUUUCUAUUUAGAAAAAGGAAGAAGCCAUGUUGUGCUCUCCAGUCACUACUUAAGAGUGAGGAGAAAUGCUCUCCAGUAUACGGGAGCUUCUUCCUGGUACUCUUUGCAUUUCCCAUGGCCAAUAAGUUCUCAGUUUAGUGUCAUUCUUUCUGCACUUUAUGCCAGCGCUCUUUUACAAGAAGGAGUCCCUACACUUUUCAUUAGAGGUUGGUGAUUGAUUUGUCCGGUCAAGGUUUUACCACAUAGUGUCUCCCUGCUUAAGUUUUGAUCCAGAGUAUUUGAUGUUCUUACUAUACCAUGUUAUCCAUUUAAUAUAUUUAUUACUUUUUAUGUAAAAUAGGGGUGGUCGAAAUGUAACGUCCCCAAGCUUUGGUGCCUUUAAUUCUCUGUGAUCUGCAUUGAGUUUUAUAUGGCUGUAUAAAGUGUUCUCUGAAACAAUAAAAACAUCAGUGUCUGCAGACAAA